AAGCAAUUUUUUGGUUUCAACAUUAAUAACCUAGAACUUUAUCCACGACGUAGAGCCACCGAAUUCUAUUAUGAACCACAACCCUCCGAAGAAUAUCAAAGUCGUCAUAGUGAACAUCCACAGGAUAAAUUGCAAAAUAAAAAUGUGGAAACAAAUAAUUGGCAACGCAUAGCACCGCCUAGAAAUUCGGAUAUGCGUAUGUUUCGUAAUAGUUAUUUUUCGUAGAUCAAGUGAAGGAAACAAUGUGUAUUUGGUAUAUAUUUUGUUAACGAAAUUGUUUUAUUUUAAAUAAAGUAAUAAUGAAAACUUAA